AUGUGCCACUUUCGGGUCUCCUCACACUGCUGCCAGGUCCAUACUGAUUCAUGGCCCCCUGCCUCUGUAUGGCCUUCAAUUUAAGCUGCUUACGCUUCGCCACUCUGCUAUGGGCCCCUGUACCGCCUCCUCUUGCUGCUGCCAGGUCCAGAGUGUGUCAUGGGUCCCUGUACGGCCUCCCAUUGCUGCUGACUUCAUCGCCAGACUCUGCCAUGUGCCACUUUCAGGUCUCCUUACACUGUUGGUGGGUUCCAUUUUGUGAUAGGGUGCUGUAUGGCCUUCCAUUGCUGCUGCCUCCACCGCCACCCUGCGCCAUGUGCCUC